AUGGAUUCCAAUCUGACAAACCACACAAACGCAACAGUUUCGAGCGAACCUGAAGACAUCGUUCGGCUGAAGUCGAUUAUUUUGCAUUUUCAGAUCGCUUUUUUAUUCUUCACCAUAUUCGCGGCCCUGGUAGGCAACUUGCUCGUGUUGGGAGCGACUUAUCUGGACAGACGUCUUCAUAAUGCUAACAAGUAUUUUGUGGCAAGCCUUGCAGUAUCCGAUGUGUUGGUGGCGAUGUUCAGCGUCACAAUGCGUCUUCAUCUAUACCUCAACGUCAACAAACCAUUGACCCUAGCGUUUUGCCGUUUCUGGGUUUGGGUGGAUGUCUUCACCGAAGCUGCGUCUAUCACAACUCUCACUAUAAUCUGCAUCGAUCGUUACUACAAAGUGUCCAGACCGUUCAGGUAUAAAACUAACAUGACGACUCAUCGUGCAUGUCGCAUCAUAGCAUUCAUUUGGAUCUACUCCGCAGUUCUGGGCGUACUAAGUCUCAUACCGUACGGGGAAAACAAAGGAGUGCAUAUAAGUAUAAACCAAUGCCAGAAUGAGAACAGAACAUUCUACACGCUUGCGGCUCUAUUGGGUUUCUUCAUACCUGUCAUGAUAUUGAUCAUACUGUGCGCUUUCAUAUUUCGUAUUGUGCAGGUACAUAGCAGAAAUCGUCUUCCCAGUCAGGAAUGCAACGAGGACAGCGCAAGGAUACAUCAACGCAGACAGACGCACUCAAACCGACGAAGUUUACUCACGCUUACUCUCAUCGUGCUAA